AUGUCGUUUAUACGUACCGUUUUCAGUACUGCUCUUAAAAAAAGCGCUAAGUCACUUAGCACCCCAAGAUUCCACCGAAAACUAUCAAACCUUCCGCCCAACGUCUUAUAUUCCGACCUUCCAGACGUGUCCAUUCCAAAAUUAUCAACACCAGAGUUUAUUUUUGAAAAGUGUACCAGAUAUGAACAUUUAACGGCUGUCGAGUGCGCGUUAACCGGGCGAAAAUACACAUACGGAGAUUUGCUAAAAAAAUCGAUGAAUUUGGGCAAACAUUUACGAAAGAAUCUUGGUUUUAAAGAAGGCGAUGUGGUUGCAAUUUUGCUACCUAAUAUCCCUGAGUACCCCUUGGUGGUACUCGGGGCUCAACACGCCGGACUCGUGGUUACAACGCUCAAUCCUGUCUACACCCCAGACGAAAUCCACAGACAGUUAAAAGAUUCUUCGGCGAAGGCCAUAAUUACUCUCGUGUCGUCCUGGGAAACGGCUUCGGAGUCACGUCGACUACUAAAUAAAAAUUUGCCAAUCCUUGUGAUAAAGACGGAGCAAACAGAGUCUCUUCCCGGAGGUGCUAUCGACCUCCACGGUUUCCUCAACACUGACGUCGACUAUCCUGACCCUCCGCCGCGCCGCCCUCACGACCUAGCGAUUUUACCCUACUCCAGUGGUACCACCGGUUUGCCCAAAGGCGUGCAACUCACCCAUCGCAACAUGGUGGCCAACCUGUGCCAAAACCAGACCUUGAAUUUCAUCGAAGACGCCACAAGUGGCCACCAAGACGUGGUACCCGCUGUCCUCCCCAUGUUCCACGUUUACGGAUACAGCGUCAACAGUCUUCUCCCGCUUUCUAAAGGUGCCAAAAUCGUCACUUUGCCGAAAUUCACACCAGAGGACUACGUUUCGGUACUACGGACCCACAAGCCGCACGUCCUCUUUCUGGUACCACCGAUAGUUUUGUUCUUGUCGGGCCACCCCAUGGUGAAGCAACCAGAUCUUCAAUCGGUGAGGAUCGUUGUUAGUGGAGCUGCACCUCUGGGUUCUUCGGAUGAACACAGGUUUAUCGAGAAAGUAGGGAGGAGUGUGCACAUGGUGCAAGGCUACGGGUUGACGGAGACGACGGCGGUGGUUGCCUCCGGUACGAUCAAACUUAAAGAAGAGGUGAAUGUGCAGGGGUCGAUUGGGAGACCUGCUGCCAACACUUUGGUUAAAGUAGUGGCGAUUGAUGACCCUUCGGGUACUCCUUUAGGGGUUAACGCCACUGGGGAGUUGUUGGUUAAAGGGCCGCAAGUGAUGAAAGGGUAUCACAACAAAGCGGAAGAAACCGAAAAUGCGUUUCUGGAUGGGUGGUUCCGUACUGGAGACAUAGCGUACUACAACGAAGACAGGGUUUUGUUUGUUACCGAUCGGUUGAAGGAGUUGAUUAAAGUGAAAGGGUUCCAAGUACCACCUGCCGAGCUUGAGGAGAUUAUCAGAGACUUUCCUAAUGUGGAAGACGCGGCUGUUAUUGGGGUUCCACAUCCUGGUCAAGGGGAGGCUCCAAGGGCUUAUGUUGUCCCGAAAAAAGGGACUAAAGUGAAUCAGGAGGAGUUGCAAGAGUAUGUAAAGACGAAAGCCGCACACUAUAAACAGUUGAAAGGGGGAGUGGCCAUCGUGGAUUCUAUACCAAAGACUGCGUCCGGGAAGAUCUUGAGGAGGAGUUUAAAACUAGAGUAUGAAGCGAAUCUAACAACAGGAAAAUAACUCUAACUAGAUUAGAUCGGUAUUUCCA